AUGGCGGAUUCUUCUUUCGCGUCGACCCAGCCGACGUCCGCGACGCCGGCUACUACUGCUGCUGCUACUCAUCGCAAAGUCACUCGUUCCCGAUCCGGCUGCGAGACUUGUCGAGCGAGAAAAGUGAGGUGUGAUGAGCGGAAACCAGUGUGUUUUAAUUGUGAUCGGUUGGGAUUGGUUUGUGCUUCUUCCUCGGAUGCUAUUAAAAGUCCUCUUACCACUCUCACAUCUGGUGCUGGAACGCCUAAUAAUGAUGAUGGUGGUGGCGAUGAGGAGGACGAGGACAGUAAGGAUUCUUAUCAACGACAACAACAACAUCAACAACAUCAACGGAAUGGAACGUCAAUAUCUUCUACGGGAUCGGGAUCGGGAUUGAAGCGGAAAAGGACGUAUCGAAGUUGUAAAGAAUGCAGAUUGAGCAAGACGAGGUGUUCGGGCCAGAAGCCGGUUUGUGCGAGGUGUGGGGAGAAGAGGUUGGGGUGUGCUUAUGAGGAUGAGGGAGAGCCGGCGUGGAAGCAGAGGGUUGUGAAGCUGGAUUCUCACCGACCGGGCAAGGGUAAGGGUGGGAGUGGGAGGAGAAGGAAUGGGAAUGGAAAGGAGGAGCAGAUGGGGAGUUUGAAUGGGAUCGAGGGGUUUGGUACCACGCCGUCGAGUGUGGAAGUGGAGAGGAGAGGCGGAUUGGCGUCACCGACAGCAGGAGAUGAUCUUGCGUGGCUGGUGCAGCCCAAUCUCCCGGAUCAUUCACGCAUGAGGAUUCUGGCCGAGAGGUAUUUCCAAAAUGUGCACCACUUGAGAUGCUAUGCCUUCAUUCACAAACCCACGUGGUUAAGGCAGCUGGACAGCGACGCGGAGAAGAAUCAGAAUUCGAAUGCGUUGCUGCACAUUGUCUGCGCUUUGGGAGCCCUGUUCUUUGCGGUCGAGACGGAGACGUCUCGAUCUACACCCCUACCCAUCAAUCCCUUGGAUGCUGGCAAGUUCUGGGCGGACCGAGCGCAGAAAUUGAUUCUUGCGAGACUGGAUCGGAUUUCGGUGGAGAAUCUCAUGGCAACGGUGCUGUUGCAUGAUUAUGAGAUUCGGAUGGGAAAUUACAGCAGUUCGUUCAUGCUGUCAGCCAUCACGGCUCGCAUGGCUCAAGCCCUGCAGAUCAAUCUCGAACAUUCUACCGAUGUCCUGUGUCGAGAUGCCGAUUCCAAUGCUCCAUCGGCGAGCGUCAAGGAGAGUCGGAGGAGAUUGAUGUGGUGUUGUUACAUCACCGACAGUCUGGUGGGCUCGGGCAUCGAUCAGUUGACUUUGAUUGAGACGAGUGAAAUCAAGAUCCAACUACCUUGCAAUGAGAGGAAUUUCGUGUUGGAGGAACCUUGUAUUACGGAGACGCUGGAGCCGGGACAGAUGUUGGGCUUUCUGCCGAGGGAGCUGUUGCYCAAGUUUCCGCUCGAUUGUAUGGGUAUGACUGCCUUCUACAUCCGGCAUAUCGCUACCAGGAGAAAGGUUUUACGAUACAUCAAACACCUAGACACCGCUUCCCCACCCUGGCAUCCCAACUCUGAAUUCGCCCAACUAGACAACGAACUCCGCUCCUGGUACAACAACCUUCCCGCAAACUUACAAUUCACCCCUACAACCCUCUACAUCCGCGCUGAGACCUCCCAAGUCGGAGCAUUGGCCGCGCUUCAUUAUGCUUUCCAUCAGACCAUGUGCGACCUUUAUCGAGUCGGAACUCCCUCCCUCUAUCGCCUCCGCUCAGCUUUCGAGUUCCCUCCUGAAAGGCAGUCUUUCCUCGCUCACGUCCGCUAUACCCUCUUCUGCCACGCCCGCAGUCUCGCGACCAUCAUGGCCGAAGCUCUCCGCCACGGGCCGCACGCCAUAGCCGAUAGUUGGCUCCCUACGGUGUUGUAUGACAGUUGUAAAAUCAUGCUCUUCUACCUCACCCAAUUAAUCGAUCCUCAAUUGGAAGAGAGUCGUCGACUCAUGGCGGAAACCAUCCCGCUGGUGAGGAAAAAUGUCGCGGCGCUGAGGGUCAUGAGAAGUAUGUAUGCUUCCGCGGAACCUUUGAGUAAAGCCGCCGAGGCGAUGUUGGAGAAAGUUUUGCAGGGAGCUGUGGGUGGAGGACUCUCGGUUCUGACGGAGGAUCCUUAUGCUGAGGAGGAGGAAUGUGGGGACGGAAGGAAUGGUGGUGUUGGCGGGGAUGAUGUUUUGAUUGGCAAGCCCGCGCAGAGUGCUCCGGAUGAUGUCCUCAAUCCAUUGAGUAUUUAUCGGUUGACGCGGAAGAGUAUCCCUGAGAAACAUGCUCCUGAGCGACAGCCUUUGUUGAGUGGGAGUUGUGCUGGGACGGUGGAUAGUACGCCUGUUAUGGGGAAGAGGGCUUUUGUAGGUGAGGGAGGAGAUGGUGGAAAUGAUGGGAUCUAUGCCCCGGAAUCGAGAGGGGAGAGCGGGAGUGGGAGUGGGAAUGGGAAUGAGGAACAGAUCAAUUUUGAUGAGUUGCAGAGCUUGUUCAGUAGUGAUCCUACGGGGUGGACUUGGCAGCCUGCGGAAACGGCCGUGGGGAGUCGGAUUGAGAGUGGAGGGUUGCYGCCUUGGGAGAGUACCAUGCUGGAUGUUGGGCAGUUGGAUGCUUGGUUGCCGGCUUUUGCGUUGGAUCCGUAG